UUCAACGAGGUGUCAUCCUUGUUUUGCUGACAUUUACAUGCAUGGCCUGUUUGGUCUCCUCAAGUGAGAUAGAGAAACCCGCCUCUUGUUGUUCAGACGGACUAGGACUCAACUACACCAUACCGAUGUUCCAUGAAUGUAAGAAGGAACUCCAUCCCAAUGGUAGCAUGGUGCAGAAGAUUCCUAAGAUCAUCCCUUACACUGCUAAGGAAGCUGCCUGCCCAAGAAGGAAGAGCAAACUCGGGAUCCCGCCGGGACGCAGGGUGUGCAAAUUCCCAUAUUGUAUUGAAGAUCGCUGUAAGAACGGCUGGUGUGAGGAGACAAUGAAAGGCUACAAGUGUCACUGUUCUCACGGGUAUAGAGGAAGUGACUGCUCUUCACAUUCAACUUCUUCACUGGCAGACAGACCUGUGCCCCCGGCUGAUUCAACUCCACAUUGCCCGAAGAUAACUACUUUUACUGAAUUAACUUCCACCCAAGACGACACGACAACAACAACCGAUUCUACACUCUCUACGACUGCCUCUAACUCUGAAUCAACUUCCACCCAGGACGACACGACAACAACUACUACUACUACACUCUCUACGACUGCCGCUGACUCUGGUAAGACAGCAUUCCUCUCUCAUUCUCUGUCGUGUGCACUCCUUCCCUUUUCCCUGAUGAAAUAA